AUGACCUCUUCUUCAAGAAACCGUAGUUCUUCAAAGAACAAAGGUAAAACUGAUGAUGCUUCUCCCCUUACGUAUCCCUGCUGUGAAGGAAGACUGCCACUAGCAACAUUUGGAUAUUAUCACUCAGGACCUGGCUCGGUGCUCUUGGGGGAGUUUGAGAUGGUGGAAAAUGCCAACACCAGUUUUCGGAUCCCAGCCGGUGCCCCUGGUACUGUGAGAUUGAGUAUCGGGUCCCAACCGUCUUCAGUUGAUGAGCAACCAACACCCAACACUACUCUUGCCGAAGCCGCUUCUCAUCUUUCAAUGCCAUCAGCUUCAUCUCCCUCUUCACCGACUCUUCCACCAGUAACUUCUUCAUCAUCUCCACCGGCCGCAUCUAUCCGAGAAGAGGAUGUUCCUCUCCCCCAGUCCCCAGUUCAUGGGAACUUGGGGCAAAAUUAUGCCGCCCCCCAAAGGAUCUGCAAAAAAAGGAGGAGCGUUACUCUUUUGGUCUCUACCGGAUGCAAUCUACUGUCCCAACCUGUGGAACUUGCUAAUUAUCUGAAGCCUCUUACUUGA